GAAAGUUUGUAGAUUGUUGUGUUGUGAUGAGUCCGCUCCGUGUACAUUGUAUGAGAGGAGGGGGCCCGAGCAUGGCCGGGGGGGCCCAUCACUGAUACUGCAUGGGAUGGGGGUCCUAGGAUGGAGGGACACACCUCACCCCAAUAUUAUUAUUACCUUAUAUAUGACACUUCAUGUCAUGUCCGGAUCAGCAUUGUCACCUAUGGAGGGGAUCAGGAGCUACACCUGGCAACACAGCAAAGAACACCUCCUGGAUCACACAUCAGUCAUCCAUCACCCUCACCUCAAGGAUCAGACAUCACCCUCUGUCAUCCAUCACCCUGAUCUCCUGGAUCAGACAUCACCCUCUGUUAUCCAUCAUCCUCACCUCAAGGAUCAGACAUCAUCCUCAUCCUCUGUCAUCCGUAACCAUGAUCGCCUGGAUCAGACAUCAUCCUCAGUCACCCCUCACCUCAAGGAUCAGACAUCAUCCUCAUCCUCUGUCACUUAUCACUCUGACCUCCUAGAUCAGACAUCAUCCUCAUCCUCUGUCAUCCGUAACCACGAUCGCCUGGAUCAGACAUCAUCCUCUGUCAUCCGUAACCAUGAUCGCCUGGAUCAGACAUCAUCCUCAGUCACCCAUCACCCUGACCUCAAGGAUCAGACAUCAUCCUCAUCCUCUGUCAUCCAUCACUUUGACCUCCUGGAUCACAUAUCAUCCUCUGGCAUCCAUCACUCUGACCUUCUAGAUCACACAUCAUCCUCACCCUCAGUCAUCCAUCACCCUGACCUCCAGGUUCACACAUCAUCCUCUGUCAUCAAUCACCCUGACCUCCUGGAUCACAUUGCAUCUUCAUCCUCCAUCACUCUUUACUCUGACCUUCUGAAUCGCACAACCUCAUCCUCUGUCAUCGGUCACCCUGACCUCCUGGAUCAGACAUCAUCCUCAUCCUCUGUCAUCGGUCACCCUGACCUCCUGGAUCAGAAAUCAUCCUCAUCCUCUGUCACCCAUCACCCUGACCUUCUGAAUCGCACAUCGUCCUCAUCCUCUGUCAUUCGUCACCCUGACUUCCUAGAUCAGACAUCAUCCUCAUCCUCUGUCACCCAUCACCCUGACCUUCUGAAUCGCACAUCGUCCUCAUCCUCUGUCAUUCGUCACCCUGACUUCCUAGAUCAGACAUCAUCCUCAUCCUCUGUCACCCAUCACCCGGACCUUCUGAAUCGCACAUCAUCCUCAUCCUCUGUCACCCAUCACCCGGACCUUCUGAAUCGCACAUCGUCCUCAUCCUCUGUCAUCCGUCACCCUGACCUGGAUCAGAACUCUGGGGAAGUCUCGGUGGCUCAGGUUUCAUAUUGCAGACUUUGGAAGAUUGGAGAAGUACAGCACAGGAAAGAUUUGUGUUUACAACAAAGAAUGUUUCAGGAUGAAGCCCUUGUUACAUCUGCUGCAUCGGACAGUCUGUGGACUCACUCUAUGUUUUCUCUGAUCCCGGCAUGGAUGAAGAGAGCUCUAUUUAAACGAGCCACACCCCAAUCCCAAUCCCAGUCCAGAGCUGUCGUCCCUGCUUCUCCUGGAGGUGUGACGUUCCAGAAAUGUGCAACAAUAAGUGACCAGGGAAACCAGAACAAGGCUUCCAUCACUCUGCUCACAAACAACACUGGGGUGUCAUCUUCAGCAAUGAACCUGUCCAAUCUCAGCCUUUCUGACAACAUCACCGGCCUGCUCAUCGAGUCCCCCAGCUAUAACGGCAGCAGUCCAACUUCCGGAGUGCAGAUAUUCGGAAAAGAAUCUCUUGGAGCUGGAGAUGCCUUCCUUGUAUCAUACACGGCUUCGCUGAACACAACCGAUGCCAAGAACGGACUGAAAUAUCUUCUACCGGCUGUGCUAACCUUUCAGAAUUCUUCAGGGGUGCCUGGAACAACCUUCAGUAUUGUGGCUCCCUUUACAAUCACAUCAGAGGAAACAUCAAAUGUUUUACCCAACCAUGGUCUGCACGGUGCUGGAUUUGUCAUCGCCUUUGUUUUGUCUUUUCUGUUGACAUGCGCUAUUUUUCUAUUGUUAUACCGUUUGAAAAAAUUAAAGCCAAGGCGCGCAGGGAGAUUGCAUCAAACGAAUGGGGAAUCAAAAAGUGAAUCACAGGCCAAAUCGGCUGAUGGCGUUGCUGAAGAUGUGAGCGUGACUGACCGCUUGAUUGACAUCAUCGUCUUUGAGGAACCAGAACAAAUGCUUCAAGCUUUAGAUGACUCGGAGAUAGCUGGUCUGACUCAGGCAGAUGCAUAUUUAGAAGUGUGUCGGAUUCAGGUCUGCAAAGAUGUGACUGGGAUUCUGCUGAAAGAAAUGACAGGGGCUGGGACCCUCUACUCACUAGAGGAAAAGAAAAUAAGUUCUGUCGUGAGGGGUCACUGGCGUGACCUUGAGAAGAAAAUACAAGAGGAACAUCAUAGAAAGAUGGUAGCUUUGACAGCGGAAUGCAAUUUGGACACCAAGAAACAGAUGGAGGCUCAGCAUCGGCAACAGAAGGAGGCCAGCGUAGAGGCAGAGGCAAUCAUGAAACAUGCAGAGGAAAAGUUCAUCACGGAAUACAGAUCUCUUCUUGACAAGCUCCAAAGCCUUGAACAGAAUGAAAUGAAGAGGAUGCUUUUGUUUAAGCAGGAAGAGGAAUUUGCAAAGGCCUACAGACAGCUGGCUGUUACUCACAGGACAGAACUGCAUAAGAUCGUCUUUGAUCAAGUGCAGAUAUCAGCAAAAGCCAAACCGGAACUACGCAAAACUCUGAUAGAAAACUAUCUAAAAGUGCAGGAAGAGGCAGAAGACCUUAUUGAUUUUUUGCAAGCCACUAAAAAAUAUCACAUGAACAAAAGACUCGCUGUUAGAAAGAACUUGUUAUACAACAUCCAGCUAGGAGACAGUCGAUCGCGAUGCCAAUUAAAUUCUGCAGCAACACAAAUAGCAAAUCUUAUUAACAGAACAGAAAGGGCUGGAUACAUAAAUGAAAGCCAGGCCGAGCUGCUGUUGGAAAAAGCACAGUCAGAAGUUUUAAAAGUAAAACAGAAGUUAGAAACUGUAUUGAAACAAGAAAAACGAAAACUGCACCAGAAAUUUACCACCAAGAGGAACCGCCAGAUUCUACAGAGGCUGAAAGAUCAGAAGAAGGACCUGAGCAGUGUGCAGGAGGCUUGCAGGAACUCCAAGGAAUAUCUGGAAACCUGGAAAAAGCUGUACACUAAUCAUUGCCGGGAGCUUGAAGAGCUCUAUGAGAGGCAUGAUAAUGACGCCACAGACGAAUUAAAGGAGAUUAAAUACAGCCUGACCGAGAAGGCAAUUGAAGAUCUCAGACACGUCCAGAGUGCUGUAAUUAUCUCGGAUAUGUUGAAACUCAAUGUGCCCAGAAUGCAUCUCCAGCAGGCACUAGACGAGCACAAGAGAGAGGCGGCACUUCUGGCUCAGCAGCUAGAGAAAGAGGAAAGCGACAAGGCCGGCGAAUCAAGAGCCUCCCUGGAGAGCACCGUGAGGAAGCUUGAUGAGGAAUUCAAACUGAACGUCAAAGAACAGAAGAACCUCAGAAACUGGGAACAGUGCUUAUUCUCGAAGGUUCUCCUAUUACCUUUGUGUGCGUCUGAAGAUGAUGUACAUAAGAUACAGCAGGAGUUUCUCUGUGGCUUCUCCCAGAUGGACAUUACUCUAGCUCUACCUAAAAUCCAGGGAAGGAUUCUGCUCCAGAAGUAUCAGAGUGACUGGAGGAGCAUUGAGAUGCAGAAGAUAGAGUACAGGUUACUGGAAACCGAACGACAGUCAGGUUCAAAGACGAUCAAACAUCCUCAGGACAGAGCUGCGGAGAUCCUGAAGAAAUCCGCAGAGGAUAAAGUCUUGAUUUAUGAAGCACAAAUUACAGAUGACAAGAUUAAGCAGGUGCGUGGAGAGCUGCUACUGAAGAGAGUACACCAGCUGAAGGCCAGAGAGUAUAAGCUGGGGGAAUAUCUGACUUCUUUACAGUUCCAGAUAGUUCAUAGCAAAUCAAAGAUUUUCGCAGUCCACUCGGCCCUUCUUCAGCUGCAGUCCCUUUUAUUAAAAGAGGAAACCAAACCCAUAACGCACAACACAUCAGAGUAUGAACAGCUUCUACUCACACUAAAUCAGGAAAUAAGAGAGAUGGAUAAGACUUUGGAGACUUGGAUACAAAGAGAGACCACAUCCACAAAACUGCAAGAAGACGACCAGACCCAAGUUACUGCAGAUGUAUCUUGUGAAGACGAUGACUUGCCUUUAUCGGCAACUUUGAGAAAGGCACUUGGCAGACGCAAAUACUUCACAAAUCUCUAUCGUGACAGAAUGCAGAGAGAGGAAAUGGAGUAUGCACUGGUGGAAGAGCAAGAGGAAAGAGCCCAAGUGUACGCAUUGCAAACGUUAUACAACCAGGGCACCCGAUUGGCAGCUUAUCUGACUAAACGAUCCCUGGUACCAGAGGGCAUGUUGCAGCGAGUACUCAGCCUAUUGCUUCCUGCGAGCUCAGAGAGUGAAAUCUCUUCCCUGCUCCAUUCACUGGGCCAUAAAUAUUCAGACCGAGUUCCAGAAACUGGCAGCAUUGAGGAUGGAGCUGACAGCUGGAGGAAGAGGAAACAUCAGGAUCUGUGGGUGGCUAUGGAGAAGCAGAUCAGGGAAAGUCUGGCCAGCCAAGACGAGGAGAAAAACACAUUUCCCCUAAGAAAGAAAAGAAGCAUCCUGAAGAAGAAGAAGUUGCGUCCAGUGAAGCGAGUCUCAUUCUCACACCCAGGAAGUUUUAUCAAGCUGCUUCAGUCCAGUGCGGAAGCCUUAGAUAUUCCCAGUGUUGAAGAAAACUUGUAUAUAUUUCGAGUUCCUAAUGACUCUCCUAGCCCUCAAAGCAAACCUAAGAAGAAGAGGAGCUUUCUGAACUCCAAGAAGUCCACUGCUGUUCUAGCUUAGGAAAGCCACAUGGGUCCAGGCCAAGGGUGGAAACAUUUCUGGGGAGACAGCAGACUACCAAUCAUUUCAAUACCUAAUCACAUUUCCAAGCGAGGCUGGUCAAAGAAGUUCAUAAUUCUCGAGUGACAACUAAAGAUCAGCCUGUCUAUUGCCAAGUCGGCAAUGUCUUAAAGAACUCUGAAUUAACGCUAGGACCGGUGGAAAUCCCUACAUACAACCAAACAAUAGUUUUAAUAUUAUUGACCGCCACAUUCGGUCCUGAUAGGUGUCCAAAGAACUUCAGUACAAAACUCCUAAGGGGUUUCAUGAAUUUUUUAUUUUUCAUAUAUUUAUUCAAUGUAUCCUAAUUAUAUAAGCUAUGAUAUAUCGGCACUUUGUAGAGCGAAUCAUUAUCUUCGCUGUAUAAUGUGUGCUCGUUCCAGAAAUAUUCUCAAUUAUUCUAUACAUCAAUGCAAAGAGUGUGUACAAAGUGGAGUAACCAAUGGCAGCCAGUAGAAUUUAGUUUGUUGAAGUCACAUCAGUGAAAAUGAAAUUCUGAUUGGUUGCCAGUGAUUGUUGCACUUUGCUCUCUGCUUUAUUAAAGCCUAAUUAUACAUUUAUUUAUUUUUAGUGUUAUGAAAUUAGGCAUACUUCCACAGCAGUGUGCUCAAGAUUUGGACCACUAGGCUCUGUGUAAGGACAGCUGUUUGGAACUUCAGUUUUCCCAUGCACCCCCUACACUAGUGAUGGCGAACCUUGGCACCCCAGAUGUUUUGGAACUACAUUUCCCAUGAUGCUCAUGCACUCUGCAGUGUAUUUGAGCAUCAUGGGAAAUGUAGUUCCAAAACAUCUGGGGUGCCAAGGUUCGCCAUCAGUGCCCUACACAGACAAAACUAAUGUGCUGCAACCUACAAAACUUACCAUAAAAGUGCAAUUAGCUCAUGGCAACCAGUCAGAAUUCACUUUACUCAUUCAGUCGAAGAUGGAGUUUGUUAUUCUGUGGGUACUGUAUUUUGCUCCUUGCAUUCACCUAUGGAAUUAGGAAAGACAGGGCUACCUGUCAUGCUUGCCCAAUUAAAGUAAUGGGACUACACCACAACCAUGAUAUUACAUGUAAAAAAAAACAGAGGUGGGAUGUUGUAAGAGUUGUUUUGCUACAAGCCCAAAAAUUCAUGCACCAUUAUUAAUUCUUCAAAUUAUCCAUCUAAAAGCAUAUAUGACCAACUGGCUAAGACAAAAAUCCUGCUGCUCUUUAUACUGAGAUUUUACUUUUUAUCAUUUUUAUUCCCCACAAGCCUGGGACAAUCCAGAUUCUUGGCAGAAAUUGUAAGCCCUGAUGAAGCGGGCAAAUAAAACCCCCUGAAAUCUGGCAGCUUGUCUAUUUGUUGAUUUAUUAGAAAAUAAACCCUUCAUGGUCUCUUAA